CCGCCCGCAUUCACUGCGUGCUGCUCGCAUUUGAACUGAAUUUCAAAACCACCUCGUCGUCUUCUUCCCCCCAAAUCUAGCGAGCUCGCUCACGAGCAGAGCGAGGCAGAGGCAGAUGCACGUGUGCUUCCAUGGCGGCGGCGGCGGCGGCGGCGGCAGGCUCGCCAAGUCAUUCAACGUCAUCAGCGACUUCACCAAGAUCUUGAUUGGUCGUCGAGGUGGAGACCACGCGCUGGCGCGGCGGCGGCGGAUGCGGCAAUGCAAGGAUGCCGCGCCGGCCGCGGCGGCGGCGGCGGUGGCGUCCGCGUCCGCCAAGAUCGCGCCGGAAGAGGAGGGGGAGGGGGGUGGAGGAGGUAAGGAAGAAGAGUUCUGCGACAAGUGCUGCUCGGCUCUGUCGGGAGGCGGUGGCGCGGAGGAGGAGGCGGCGGCGGAGGGUGAGCGGGAGUGGGUGGCGGAGCCGGAGCCGGGGGUGUUGCUGACGCUGGCGCCGCGCGCCGACGGCGUCAGCAACCGGCUACGGAGGAUACGGUUCAGGGAGGAGGUGUUCGACGCGUGGGCGGCGCAGUGCUGGUGGGCGGACAACCACGACCGCAUCGCCGAGCUCUACUGCCUCGUCAAGCCCGACGACGACGACGACGAGGAGGAGGCGAUAGCCGCGGCGGAGGCGGCCAUGUUGCCGGCCACCCCAUGCCAAUCCGAGGCGGAGGACGACGACGACGACGACGGAGCAGAGUCGUCGUCACGGUCGCCGUCGACGUCCACCUUCUCCGGUGGCCCUUCCAGCGGCAGCGGCGGCGGGUCAACCGGCACGUUGGGCUCGCCGAUACUGGGCCUCGUCACCGCGCCCAACACCACCGGAGGCGGCGAGCACGACGCCGUCCGCGACCAGCACCAGCCGACGGCGGCGACGUGGAGGGAGUGGGUGGAGGAGUACGAGCCCGGCGUGUUCAUCACCGUCGGAGCCUAUCCCGGCCACCGCCUCCAGCUCCGGUGCGUCGAGCUCAGCCGCGAGAAGUUUGGCGAGGUGAAGGCGAGAGUUUGGUGGGAGGAGAACAAGGCCAGGCUGCACCACCUCUACUCUUUCUGAAGCCUUAAUUUUCGAGGCUAUUUAUGAUAAAUUUUGUACAAAUUACAAGUGAAAUGAGGAGGUUCAAUGAUUUUGCAAUUCCCGUGCUUAACCCUGCUUGCUUUCUUGGAGGAAUUUUGCAGGAAACAGGCAUGGAUUCUAUAGGAUAUAUUCACUUGAAUCAGAUAAUUUCUUUUAAAAUUACCGUAGAAGAUAUAUUCACUGGAAUUUGUUAAUUUCUUUUAAAAUUACAGUAGAAGUUUUCCAUCCCAAAUGAGGCUUAAACAGAUUUCCGUGAAAACCAUGUAAAUUUCGAAAACAAUAGUAAUCAUACGAUGCAUAUGUCAUUUAUAGCGGGAAUACAUAUUACUCGUCUUAUUGCUAUAGUGAAACAGUGAUCAUACUACUCGCACUGGCUUAAUUAUUUUCUGUUUCUAUUGUUCAUGCAAAAUACAAAGGGUUUAAAAUUAAAUAUUAGGGCACAGCUAGCUUAGCCGAUCUUGGGAGGUCUGGCGACCUUGUCGUCCGAGUCGACGAAGACCCUGACACGGCCGGCGUUGUAGUCCGUGGUGACGAAGGCGUCGGCGGGGACCACCUGCACGUCCAACUCCGGCCUCUCCUCUCCGAUCUUCGUCUUCGCCGCCUCCGACGACACGCCGACCAACUCCGGCCACGAAUCCUUCGCCGCCGACGGCGACACCACCACGCCACCGCCGGCAGCCGCCGCCGCUCCGCCUCUCUCCAUUUGUUGGCACGGUGUUUGUGUAGUUGCGAGUUGGAGAAUGCACAAGGGAUUUUAUAGAUGAGGCC